GUGAGGAGACAAUGAAAGCGACGUAAAGCGGCUCUGCUCCGAAGAGGAGGAAAGAAACAGCCCCCACCAAGGUCUGGCCAAGAAGCCAGCGGAAGGGCCCCCAGGGAGGAGACUCUGCUAAGAAGCCAGACAGAAGCCAGGCCAAGAUGGCGUCUGUGUUUCGAAGUGAGGAAAUGUGUUUGUCACAGGUGUUUCUGCAGGUGGAGGCUGCCUACUGCUGUGUAGCUGAGCUCGGGGAGCUUGGAUUGGUUCAGUUCAAAGAUUUAAACGUGAACGUGAACAGCUUCCAAAGGAAAUUUGUGAAUGAAGUUCGAAGGUGUGAGUCAUUGGAAAGAAUCCUCCGUUUUCUGGAAGAUGAGAUGCAAAAUGAGAUUACAGUCCAAUUGCCGGAGAAGUACCCGGAGACUCCUCUCCCUCGGGAAAUGAUUACACUGGAGACUAUUCUAGAAAAAUUGGAAGGAGAAUUGCAAGAAGCCAACCAGAACCAGCAGGCUUUGAAGAAAAGCUUCUUAGAACUGACAGAACUCAAAUACCUCCUGAAGAAAACCCAGGACUUCUUUGAGACGGAAACCAAUUUAGCUGAAGAUUUCUUUAUUGAAGACACUUCCGGUCUCCUGGAGUUGAGAACUGUACCUGCAUUCGUGGCUGGAAAGUUGGGGUUCACGGCUGGAGUGAUUAACAGGGAGAGGAUGGCUUCCUUCGAGAGGCUGCUGUGGCGCAUCUGCCGGGGCAACAUCUACUUGAAGUUCAGUGAGAUGGACACGCCUCUGGAGGAUCCCGUCACGAAAGAAGAAAUUAAGAAGAAUAUAUUCAUCAUAUUUUACCAAGGAGAGCAGCUCAGACAGAAAGUCAAGAAGAUCUGUGAUGGGUUUCGAGCCACCAUAUACCCCUGCCCAGAACAUGCUGCAGAGCGCAGAGAGAUGUUGGAUGGGAUCAACGUGCGGCUGGAAGAUCUCAUCACAGUCAUCACACAAACGGAAUCUCACCGCCAGCGCCUGCUGCAGGAAGCAGCUGCCAACUGGCACUCCUGGGUCACCAAGGUACAGAAGAUGAAGGCCGUUUACCACAUCCUGAACAUGUGCAACAUUGAUGUCACCCAGCAGUGCGUCAUCGCUGAGAUCUGGUUCCCAGUGGCAGAUGCUGGACGCAUCAAGAAGGCGUUGGAGCAAGGCAUGGAACUAAGUGGCUCCUCCAUGGUCCCCAUCAUGACCGAAGUGCAAUCUAAAACAGCCCCUCCCACCUUUAACAGGACCAAUAAAUUCACAGCUGGCUUCCAGAACAUUGUCGAUGCAUAUGGUGUGGGCAGUUACCGGGAGAUAAACCCAGCCCCCUACACCAUCAUCACAUUCCCCUUCCUGUUCGCUGUGAUGUUUGGAGACUGUGGGCAUGGGAUUGUGAUGCUGCUGGCAGCCCUCUGGAUGGUCCUCAACGAGCAGCGCUUGCUGUCCCAGAAGAGCAGCAACGAGAUCUGGAACACCUUCUUCAACGGGCGCUAUCUGAUCCUACUCAUGGGCAUCUUCUCCAUCUACACGGGCUUGAUCUACAAUGACUGCUUCUCCAAGUCUUUCAACAUCUUCGGCUCCUCCUGGAGUGUCCAGCCCAUGUUCAGAAAUGGCACAUGGAACACUCAAGUAAUGAAGGGAAAUGAAUAUUUACAGCUGGAUCCAGCCACGCCAGGAGUGUAUUCUGGAAAUCCAUACCCAUUUGGGAUUGAUCCGAUUUGGAACCUGGCCUCCAACAAGCUCACAUUUUUGAACUCUUAUAAAAUGAAGAUGUCGGUCAUCCUGGGAAUUGUCCAGAUGGUUUUUGGUGUUAUUCUCAGCCUCUUCAAUCACAUAUACUUCAAGAACACUGUCAACAUCAUUCUGCAGUUCAUCCCUGAGCUGAUCUUUAUCCUGUGCCUGUUCGGGUAUCUGCUUUUCAUGAUCAUUUUCAAAUGGUGCCAGUACGAUGCCCAUGUGUCCCAGCAUGCCCCCAGCAUCCUCAUCCACUUUAUCAACAUGUUCCUGUUCGACUACGAUGACCCUUCCAACGCGCCCCUGUACAGUCAUCAGCGAGAAGUCCAAACCUUCCUCGUCAUCAUGGCGUUGAUUUCUGUGCCUUGGAUGCUUCUGAUAAAGCCGUUCAUUCUCAGAGCCAACCAUCGGAGGGCCCAGCUGCAGUCAUUAAUGAUACAAGAAAAUGCCACAGAGGACAUUGAAGGUGGCAACUCCAGUCCUGCUGGCCAGAAGACUUCUGCGGGUGCCCAGGAGGCUCAGGACGACGAGGAGGAGUUCAACUUUGGAGACAUCUUCGUCCACCAGGCCAUCCACACCAUCGAGUACUGCCUGGGCUGCAUCUCCAACACGGCCUCGUACCUCCGGCUCUGGGCCCUCAGCUUGGCUCAUGCACAACUCUCUGAAGUGCUCUGGACCAUGGUGAUGAAGACUGGCCUUCACCAGGAAGGCUGGGGAGGACUCAUCGGGGCCUUCAUCAUCUUUGCCGUGUUUGCUGUUCUGACAGUAGCCAUCCUUCUCAUCAUGGAGGGCCUCUCGGCUUUCCUGCAUGCCCUGCGGCUGCAUUGGGUGGAGUUCCAGAACAAGUUCUAUGUUGGGGCUGGGUACAAGUUUUCUCCGUUCUCCUUUAAGCACAUCCUGGAUGGGACAGCUGAGGAGUAGGCUUUGCCUUUACCGCCUGCACCCGUGUCUGUGCCAAUAAAGAAGUUCCGUCCUGUCUUUGAUGUCAACCCAUGCAAAGCCCUCAAUGGAAUGAUUGUUCUCUGCCAGCCGGAAGCGUGGAGCUAUGUGUUUUUUGGUUAUAAGCCUGGGGAUUCCAUGUGACUUAACCACAUCACAGAGGAGCUCCUCUCAAAAAUCAUUUUGACUUCACGUGGGGUUGUAAUUAUCGAAUAAUAAAAUGAUUGGGAAAUGAGUGGGGAUGCUAUACAGAUAUCUUCUUGCAAAAUUUAAAGUAUUAUAUUCCCCAAAACAAAUAUAUGGGCCAUUACUUUUUCUUAA